UUUACGUCUGGUCGGCGCAACGUCAUAUCCUGCUAAACUUGGUGAAAACAGACAGCUAUUAAACAUAAGUUUAAAAAAAAUAUGUUACUACAGUUUUCCCAAUGUUGUUAGGCGGGGGCAUUUAUUUUUUAUUCAGAAGUCGGGGAUGAUGAGAUUCGUCCGACUUUCGGAGUCGGAAAUCCGACUUCAGGGGGCGUUCCAGCCGAAAUCUCCGACUGGGAACUCUGAAAUUCCGACUUCCAAAUUCAAAUGGAACGUAAAGACCAAUGGUGAAGUUGUCAAAUGCGCGUAUUCAUUGAUUUUCAAUUAUGUAGCUUAGAACUGUUACAGGGAAAUGUCAGACAUUGACUUUGACAGCUGUUUGUUUUCACAAAGUUGCUUUGCGACGCGAUCGGGCAACGUUACUUCCGGUUGUUCACCGAUCAGACGAAUGGUACACAUCUACAAUCGUCAGUGAAGUAGCACUUGGGGUGAGACAGACAUCCUGACUCGGAGCCGCCCCCUGCCAUAAUGGUAGAAACGGCGUUCUGGGUUUGCUGAAUUGACAACACAAAUUUCCAGUCUCAUAACGUAAGAACAAUUCAUUGAAUGCUAGAAUGGCGUUCAUGGAGAAACCAUCACCUGGAGAAGUAUUACUGGACGACACCAUUACAUUGACGGCAUUUAUCGAAGCAAGUCAGAAUAUAAACUCUCAUACGGAAUACAUAAUUCGUGUGCAGAGGGGUGUUGCAACAGACAACAGUUGGCAGGUCAUUAGGAGAUACAGCGACUUUGAUAUGUUGAAUAACAGCCUAUUGAUUUCUGGCGUCAGCCUACCCCUUCCCCCAAAGAAGCUUCUUGGGAAUAUGGACAGAGAGUUCAUAGCAGAGCGUCAGAAAGGACUACAGGCCUAUCUGAACUUUAUCACUCAGCACCACAUCUUAUCCAGUUGUGAGCUGGUCAAAAAGUUCCUAGACACUAAUAAUUACUCUACAAACUACACUGAAAUAGCCUUACAGCAAGUGUCCAUGUUCUUCAGGUCCGAUCCCAAGUGGGAGGUCGUGGAGCCACUAAAGGACAUUGGCUGGAGGAUACAAAAGAGGUAUUUCCUUAUUAAAAAUAAAGAUCAGCCCAAAGAACGGCAGGUGUUAAGUUGGAUUGGGUUUGGUCCUGAUAAAUUUCUCUCAGACAAAGAUCUGCUGUCCAUUAUGAAGAUGCUUCCUUCAUUUUCUUGUCCCUUCAUGUACCCUGUCACCUUCGCCACCACGAAUGAAUCCUCUGCACUGAUUAUUAGGAUGUUCAAUGAGAAGGGAACACUGAGAGACCACAUUUGUAAGGUGAAACCCAAAGAGCCUUUCUUGAAGAAAUACUGCAAUCCUAAGAAGAUCCAGGGCCUUGAGCUUCAGCAGAUCAGGACAUAUGGGAGGCAGGUAUUGGAGGCCCUGAAAUUUCUCCAUGACAAAGGAUUUGCAUACGGACACCUGCAUGCUUCCAACAUCCUGCUAGAAGAUGACACAUGCAAGCUGCUGGACAUAGAGAACUCUCUGCUGGGUCUGCCCUCCUACUACAGGCCUUAUGUAACACAGUUCAGAAAAAUCAAUACGACAGAGGCCAUUGACGUGUACUCGUUUGGACACUUGCUCUAUGAAAUGGUAUACGGAAGACCACCAGACGCUGUGCCCGUGGACCAGCUGCCCCCCGCCCCCUUCACAUCUGUGGUGUCUGUGCUGCAGUCCAUUCUGUCCACUGAGGCCUGUAAAACAGGGAUGCCCUCCAUUACACAACUUCUCCAGACACCACUAUUCAAAGACGUGUUGCUGUUUAACUCCGAGAAGGCCCAGUUCAAGAUCACCAGCAAGUUAAAGGAGGCAUUGAAAACUGCCAAAGACAGCCUGGAGAAGAGACUUCAGGAGGAACAGAAAAUUAUCCAUCAGCACCGAAGGCUGACCAGAGCACAAUCUCACCACGGCUCAGAGGAAGAGAAGAAAAGGAGGAAGAUUCUUGCAAGAAAGAAAUCCAGGCAGUCAACUUAUGAAAAUGAAGAGGACAUCUCGGUGAAGUACAGUAAUAACUCUGGCUCAGGUGCCAGUUCACCACCCACGUGCCCCUCCUCCCCUACCCCACCGUCCGCAUCAGUAGAGCAUGCACCAUGUUGAACAUGUGUGGGUAAAGUAAUUCAAGACUGAUUCCUUCCUGUUUUAAAGCUGCAUCAUACCCUGUCCUUCCAGCAGGAACACCCAGCCCUCUCCACCCCUUUCCUUCAAAAGUGUUGGUGUUCUCCAUGUGCCUUCACUGACCAUUUAAAGUGGUGUGAAAACUAAACAAAACAAAAAUGAUUGAACAUUUACUUUAUUUUGUGUCGGCUUAGUUGACAUCAGUUUAAAUCUGUAAAAAAGGUGUGCUGCUAUGAACAGGGUUAUUGCAACUUUAAUGUAUCACAAUCUACAAUUCAUAGAUCACUUUUUGGAGAUUUCGGGGACAAAUUACUCACCACCAACCCACACAGGCAACCUAAUUAUAUUCUCUAGACAGCACUUUGAGCAUGUGCUUUUAACAUGUUGUGGAUUGUGAUCACUUUGUGACCAGGUGAAUGUUUGUGAGCAUUAUUAUUAUUUUAUGCCUUCAUUAUUUUGUUUUUAUUUUUUCGCAUUUUAUAUUUUCUGGUAUCGGUUUAGUUCUCAUAUCAAGAAAAAAUGCUAUAUUUAAAAAAUAAGGAAUUGUAUAUUCUCAUUCAAGGGAAAAGUCACUUAUACUGUUGCAUUAUGAUUCCGCAUCUCAAUGCGAGCAGUUAUUCUUAAAGGAAUAGUGCAUAGGGUUUAGGGGGAUCUCUUAGCAGAAAUGGAAUACAGUAUUAAUAGUUAUAUUCAAUUACGAAUCUUUGUAUCUACAUAGGGAGUGGGUGCUCAUCCAUGAAGUCUGCCAUGUUGCACCGCCAUAUUUUGACAUUAUCCUAGAACAGACACAACCAUAACACUGGCUCUAGAGAGGGCUUUUCAUGUUUCCAUGGCAACUUACAGCCACCGUAGGUGUAUCCUACACACUUGGAAAAGGACGGGUGACGGAGGGGUAUUCAGUGGGUAGAUGCCACUAAAUCCUACACAAUACACCAUUAAAUGAACUACUGCAGCCAUAUGCUCAGACUAGGGCUGGGGGAUAUAGAUGUAAAAUAUAUAUAUUUAUAUUUAUGUAUAUAAAAUGGGAAACUUUGAUGAAAUGUUAAAUGCCUUGCUGAAUGGCACAUACCAGCCUUUCACAUCCUCAGAUUUCCUGAGUUCCUUUAGUCACACUCUACCCUUGCUGCGGUUUCAUAUUUGUGCUGAGCUCAUGUGAGCUUCUACAGAUGGCUAACAUCUUUAUUUAACACAGAUACGCAAUGCCAGCUUUAGAUGUCAAAAUGAUGCUUCCCGUGGACCCCAACUAAUUCAGUUUCAUAUAAAUAUGUUUCAACAUCUGAAAAAUAGUUUAAACGAACAUUUUAUUCCCAUUCUGUUGUGUGACCACAACAGAAUGCUCUUGACUAUUUUGUGUAGUCAUAGAUCCUUGAAAACUAAAUGAGGCAAAGGUGUAGAGCUACUCCCAACCAUUUUAGCCCAGGCCAUGUAGCCAUUUUUCACUUUCUGAAUCUGCUUAAAGAAAAACGGAGCCUUAAAGUAAAGAAAUGAUAAUUAUCACUAUCGACAAGUAUGAUUUUGUCAUAUCACCCAGCCUUAGCGCGCACCAGUACUUUGGGUAUAGUCAAAGUCAAAGUCAUGUUUUAUUGUCACACAGCACGACACACAACACCACACACAUGCGUUUUGGCGGCGACACAGGACACACACACACACACACACACACAUGCAGUGGGCAGCCUUUUUUUCGGCGCCCCGGGGACCAGGCCAAGUGUUCAGUCCAAUCUUGGUCAGGGAUGGACAGGAUCUUUUAUAGUACGGUACAGUAUAGUACAGGAUCCUCUGUUAACUCAGUUUUCUCAGGCUUGUAUGAUCACUGCCACUGGGAAGUGUUGAGUUUGAUGUGUCCUUUAGAGCAGGAGUUCUCAAACCUUUUUGAGGUCGUAAUUGUAACACAGAUUAAGAACCUCAGAACUAUUUGUUUGACUGAUUUGAGGGAGGUACAGCUUUCAGGACAUUGGUUGCCUCUGUCCCAAGCAUAACUUCACACAUUUCAACCGCCACUGGAAGUAUGAGGUCUUGUGUAAUUGUCUGUGGCCAGUUUCAUUGUCCGUGUUUUCUGGUGUGUGUGUAUUCCUCGCUGUUCCGACUGAACAAUUAUUUUUGUUUCACCCUUAUAUUCUGCAUGCUUUGUAAGCAGAUGUCGCUUUUGCUUGGCUAGCUUCAUGGCUCUGUGUGCUAGCAUCUGAAGAAACAUGAUGCGUUUUGGUCUCAUCACUCUUCUCAAUGGAACCAAACUCAAUAUAACUGUCAUCAUAUUUUUUUCAAUUUAGCUAGUUUGGGCUUAGCGUCACUUGACGAUGUGGACUGACUGAAAUAUUUGUCCAUUCUCACCAGCUAGCUGGCUGGCCUGUUGCGCCCUGAGUGAAAUGACUGAUUCAUGACAGAUUGUCAUGAUGUGUCAGUCAUAUCACAGUUGCUAGAGUUGGCCAAAGUUGACACGGGACAAAAUGGACACAGUACGCUUGUUUCAAUGGCUUAAAUGGUUCCCCUCUGCAGAUAUGCUAUUUUUAAUGAUCCAGCACAAUUGUAUAUAUGAUAGCUAACUACUUUGCAGUCCCCCUGGCUAUGCCCACUUUGAGAAGCACUGCUUUAGAGAGUUCUGCAGAAUUAAC